GCAACUAAUCAGCUGCUCCACGUUCAAAGUACAAAACAAAAAAUAUUUCACUGAAACGUAAAAUAUUUUAUUUCUAAUUUAUUUAUUAAUAUUAUAAUUGAAAAAAAUUAAUUAUUAAUCAUAAAAAAAAUGAUGCGAGCCGCAGCAGAUCAAAUGAUAAAAACAUUUUCAAAUACAACUGGCGUAUGCAAACGAUUAGAAGGAAGAGUUGCAAUUGUAACUGCAUCUACUCAAGGAAUUGGCUUCUCAAUAGCUAAACGAUUAGCACAAGAAGGUGCAAAAGUUAUGAUAAGCAGCAGAAAAGAAGACAAUGUCAAUAAAGCAGUUCAACAAUUAGUCAAAGAGGGUUUGCAAGUUUCUGGAGUUGUUUGCCAUGUAGGAAAACAAGAAGACAGAAAAAAACUUCUUGAUGAGACAAAAUCAAAAUAUGGAGGAUUGGAUAUUCUUGUCUCGAAUGCGGCAGUAAAUCCAACAGUUGGUCCAGUUCUAGAUACCAGCGAAGAUGUGUGGGAUAAAAUUUUUGAUAUAAAUGUAAAAAGUACAUACUUACUGAUGAAAGAAGCACGACCACUUCUUAAACAAGGAAAAUCACCUUCGAUUAUUAUUGUUUCUUCAAUAGCAGGAUAUCAGCCGUUCGAUUUAUUGGGCGUCUAUUCACUAAGUAAAACGGCUCUAAUCGCAUUGUGCAAAUCAACAUAUGAAGAUUUAGCACGAGAUGGAAUUCGUGUUAAUUGCAUUGCUCCUGGUGUUAUAAAAACAAAAUUUUCGCAAGCUAUGUACCAGUCAGAAUCAAUUGAGGAAGCGACGAAAUCAAGAAUCGCAAUGGGACGAUUAGGUUUACCGGAUGAAAUGGGAGGAAUCGCUUCAUUUUUAGCCAGUGAUGAUGCUUCUUAUAUCACUGGUGAGACAAUAAUUGCAAGCGGUGGAAUGGCAUCGAGAUUAUAAAUUGAAAAAAAAAAAAACAUUUCCAAUACCAAUCAAAUGCUCCUUAUAUUUUUCUACAAAAACGAUUAUUCUCUUUUAUAUCGUUGUUUCAUGUAAAUAAAUAUUUUACGUAAGUAAAAUAAUGUCAAGUAA